AUGCCUCCAAAUCCCCAUCCGGAGACACUCUUCCACCUCAAGCCCACGAACCAGACUGCCCGCGAUGCUCUGCUUCACCCAGACAACCAACGCUUCAUCUCAAGCUUCAAUGGACGCUCGGCCGGCCUCGAAGUUGGCUUUCAUGUUCCGUCCAAGCCUGGGGGUCAUGUCAUCACCCGACUUGGGCGAGAUGCUGAUCUGAUCCUGCGACAGGUCACGUCCCGACAGCCCAUGUCUGCCACUCAUGUCGCUUUCGAGAUCAACCCGGCUACACAGCAUGUGCUUCUAUCUGUCCGAUCGAAACGCCUUACGUCGGUCACUUUUCAAAUUCCCGAUAACGACGACGCAGAGACUAUCACUGGCGGAGGUGUUAUCCUCUACGGGCAAAACUAUGAAAUUCGCAUUGCAUCCUACGAAUUCUCGCUAGUCUGGCGGCCAAUAUCCGAACACUACCUUAAGCGCCUCACCGUGCAGGGUUUCCAGUCAUCUCUUCAACGAGUGCAGGGUUUGAGGUCGCGUGACCGGCCAACUGAGGUCGAUGGUUCUGAGGCGCUAUCGUGGCAUAUUACUAGGUUCAACACGGCAAAACUCCCUCUUUUCCAGGAUAUGGAGAAGCUUCGUGUGGCGAGGGCGUCGGGAGCCUUUGGCAAGGUGUUUGAAGCCGUCGACCGCUCCUCCGGCUAUCUUUUUGCCAUCAAAGUUGUCGACCUUGCCUCCAACCAGUACCUCGAUAUCGAGGCCGCUCGAGCUGUUCUCCAUAGAGAGAUCAAAAUCAUGGAGAGGUUGAAUCACGACCAUAUCAUCGAGUAUCUAGGCCAUCAACUCUUCCAUACUCCACACCCCGAGAUAUUCAUGCCUCUGCGUGAUGGGACCCUGACAUCCCUCGUCAAAUCACCCGACCUAAGGAUCACCCACGAAAAUCUUGGCACAAUCGCCCUCCAACAAAUGCUUUGUGCCCUUGAUUACCUUGCAAAUGAGAAUAUCGUCCACCGGGACAUCAAGCCGGAUAACAUUCUCUAUUCUAAGCAAGGCGAUAACUAUUACCAUUUUCAGUUGGCCGACUUUGGACUCGCCCAUCACUGCAUGCUAGCUAAGACCAUAUGUGGUACUGGCUACUACCAAGCACCUGAGCUUCACCCUCAAUUCUCCAAUGUUUACGCCGGCCAGAGUCCUAAGCUAGACAUCUGGUCCCUCUUUGCGAGCAUCGUUGCAGUCCAGUCGGCCUUCCAGGAUUUCCCCCCCAAAUCCAGCGACUACCACGUUGUUUUGCGCGUGCUCGAGAAAAAAUAUGCUCAUGCACUUCUUCGGCGGCGAGGGCUUGACGACACCCAGAACUCUCCGGCCGGCGGCGUCACCUACCCCCCCGUUGGUUGUCUAUCCGCCACGCAGGCACGCGCGGCGGAGUGGUCAACCUACCCGUACGCCGAGUCGGGAGCCGCAGCUUGCCACGCCACGGUCGCCACAUAG